CGCCCCGUUAAACCGUUUAUUAGUUUUGGAUUCCCAUUUGAUUUCGUUCGGGCCAUAGAUUUCACAGCUUCAAUUAGUAGAAUUAAAAUGUUUACCCGUAGGCAGUCGGUAUUCUCUGUUCCCUGAAUUUUUCAUUUGUUGCGGCCAGCGGGAUUUUAAGCCGGCCGUUUGCGGCAUUUUCUCCAUCAGCAACGGAUUUUUCCAGUUAAUUUUGGCCGGAGUAAGAGGCUUAGCGGUGACGUGGGCGGGCUUUAAGGGAUCAUUAAUUUAUCGCUGAGGUGGCCAGUUGUUUGGCCAAUAAACUGUAUAAUUAAUUUAAAAUGUACCAAAUCAUUGGAUUGCAACUAAUCAGCUGGAACAAAAUUGAUUUUGCACACCAGAGUUCAGUAGAAAUGUUCCAUAUUUCAGAUGAUACGUUAGAUGAAACAAAUAAGAUGCUCUUCGGACUGUUUCUUCUCGUGGUAAUGUGGUUAUUAAAUUUCUUACAUGCUCAAGAAAUACCGCUUAUCCAGUCCUGUCACCACAAUGAUGUAACGGUCAAAUGCGCACCAGUGUGCCCAAAGUUAUGCUCGAGUUAUUAUUAUAAUCGCAGGUGCAUCCCGAAAAAAUGCGAACGAGGCUGCGCCUGUAAGAAGGGAUGGUUGCGUUAUAAGCAUACCCAAGGCAUUUGUAUUCCGAAGGAAAAAUGCAAGAGAUAUAUUAUAUAGUACAAGUUUUUCCAUAAACUUUAACUAAUGUUAAA